ACUGUUACAAUAUAAAACCCGGCCCGAUGGCUCAUUCAUGGUCAAAACCAGUACAGAAGGAACGCUAGAUUGACGAGAAAAUUUCGACCGGAUUGGUGAUUGCUGAGUAGAAGAUAAAUAAAAGAAAUCUCGACGGCAACGAACUGUUACAAUUUUCAGUUAUAGAUAGAUAGAGAUAUGGAUGCUUCGUAUAAUGCAAUUGGCGGAAGCGGUGGCAACGGGAUCUUGAGUAAUCAAACUGACGAUGAAGCUAUGGCGGCAGCUGCGGAGGAGGCGAAGCAGAACCUAAACGAAGUUACUAACUCAAUUCAGAAGACUCUUGUUCUGCUUCACCAGCUCUACCUGACCGUCUCUUCAUUCAAUGCUGCAUCGCAGCUUCCUCUCCUUCAACGGCUGAAUUCGUUAGUUACAGAGCUCGAUAACAUGGCUAAAUUGUCUGGGAAGUGUGAAAUUGAGGUUCCCACGGAAGUUCUUAAUUUGAUUGAUGAUGGAAAAAAUCCGGAUGAAUUCACGAGAGAUGUUAUAAAUAACUGCAUUGCUAAAAAUCAGAUCAACAGAGGGAAAACUAAUGCUUUCAAGAGUUUACGUAAGCAUCUUUUGGAGGAACUUGAGCAGACAUUUCCAGAUGAAAUUGAAGCAUACAGGGAGAUACGUGCAAGUCCAGCUGCUGAUUCAAAACAACUUCGUCAAUCACAAAGCAUGCAACCAAAUGGAGGUGUGAAGGUUAAAUCCGAGCUUUAAAAUGUUGGUUUAUCUAGAUGGGUUGGGGUUUUUUGUCUACUUUUCUGUGUCAUACUUUGAGUUGCUUGUACUUGAUUUCAUGGAUAUGUAGAUAUAAGUGGCAACAUUUAUUGCUUCAAUUAGAGGGCUGAGCACUUGUGAUCAGUUAUUUAUAUAUCAAUAAAGAAUAUUCUUUUAGAAGAGUUAA